CCCACGACAGAGCCGUACAGACGAGCUAGAGGCUAACAACUUGACUGAAUAUCGGUUGUAAAUAGUCCGUAUAAAACCCACUAGUCGUACUGGAGUUUUAUUUGAACUUUGUGAACAUCAAUAUUGGACCUACAGGACACUGCUGGGUUGAGGAGGACUCGAGCCUGUAACGUUAAUGCCCACAAUUAAACAUUUCCAGCUCGGCAGCUAGCAGCUAGCAGCCAGUCGUCACUGAACAUUCAACAGCCAGCGUUGUCCUUCCUUCCCGUUGGCCAGCCAGACGACCCAAAAGCGAAACAAAGAUAUGCAGUCGUCAGAGCAGCGCUGACAGGCCAGACUCUGGUUUAACACUGCCAUGGAGUCCUCCUCUGAGUCCCAGCAGGAACCUGAGAAAACUUUGCACCAUGCAGAGUUGAGAGAACAUCAUGCCACCUCGGCUGCUGUAGUGUGCGGGGAUGACACCGUCCUUCUGACCCCAGGCAGGAUGAGCCAGCGUCAGGUGAAGGAGCGAGACAAAGAGAGGGAGAAGGAGAAGGAGGCAGGCCUCCAAACGCCCAACAGGGAGCACGUAGCCAGCCCCUCCACCCUCAGCCCAGGGGUCAGCUACACCCACGGUUUCGAGAGAGGGAAGGAGGACCUCUUGCCUCUGCCUUUGAAAGAGGACUCCCAUUCCAUAUCUAAGAGCAAGUCUGAAACCAAGCUGUACAAUGGCUCAGACAAAGAUGUGUCAGCAUCUGGGGGAAAGCUCACCAAGAAGGAGUCCCUCAAGGUGCAAAAGAAAAACUACAGGGAAGAAAAGAAGAGGGCAACCAAGGAGCUGCUCAGCACUAUCACAGAUCCUUCUGUCAUCGUCAUGGCCGACUGGCUAAAGAUCCGUGGCACUCUGAAGAGCUGGACCAAGCUGUGGUGCGUUCUGAAACCAGGCGUCCUGCUCAUCUACAAAACCCACAAAAAUGGCCAGUGGGUGGGAACAGUGCUGCUCAACGCCUGCGAGCUGAUAGAGAGACCCUCCAAGAAGGACGGCUUCUGCUUCAAGCUCUUCCACCCACUGGAGCAGUCCAUCUGGGCCGUCAAGGGUCCUAAAGGAGAAGCGGUGGGCUCCAUCACUCAGCCGUUACCCAGCAGCCACCUCAUCUUCCGUGCUGCUUCUGAGUCUGAUGGCCGAUGCUGGAUGGACGCCUUAGAGCUGGCCCUGAAGUGCUCCAGCCUGCUGAAGAGGACCAUGAUCCGCGAGGGGAAGGAGGACAUGAGCACCGUCACCACCGGAGGAGAACACUCCAUUAAUUUCUACAGCCUCCUCCGAGCCCACAACAUGCACGGUUUCCAGUUCAACGACAGCGACCAUUUGAAAGACCCGGACCUGUACUCGGACAAGUCAGACCGGGAGGGCGAGCAGGAUCACGAGGAGUCGGACCCAGAAGGGCUGGAGAAGAGCGAGGAGAGCGACAGCGACACAUCAGAGCGUCAAGACGACUCGUACAUCGACCUGGACCCUAACGAACACCUGCGGGAAACCCCGUACCUGGAACAGUCCCACGAGGAACUGGGAGAGGCUGGUGAGGCUGCCCAGACAGAGACGGUGUCAGAGGAGAAUAAGUCUCUGAUCUGGACUUUACUGAAGCAGGUGCGGCCCGGCAUGGACCUGUCCAAAGUGGUGCUGCCCACUUUCAUCCUGGAGCCGAGGUCCUUUCUGGACAAACUGUCUGACUACUACUACCACGCAGACUUCCUGUCAGAGGCUGCGGUUGAAGAGAACGCCUACAACCGCAUGAAGAAGGUGGUGAAGUGGUACAUCUCCGGGUUUUACAAAAAGCCAAAGGGGUUGAAGAAGCCUUACAACCCCAUUAUCGGAGAGACGUACCGCUGCAUGUGGCUCCACCAAAAGACCAACAGCAAAACCUUCUACAUCGCAGAACAGGUAUCCCAUCAUCCUCCAGUGUCGGCCUUCUACGUCAGCAACAGGAAGGAUGGAUUCUGCCUCAGUGGUAGCAUCCUCGCCAAGUCCAAGUUUUACGGAAACUCACUGUCAGCCAUAUUAGACGGAGAGGCCCGGCUCACUUUCCUCAACCGAGGAGAGGACUACGUGAUGAACAUGCCCUACGCUCACUGCAAAGGCAUCCUGUACGGCACCAUGACUCUGGAGCUGGGUGGCCAGAUCACCGUCGCGUGUGAGAAAACAGGCUACAGUGCUCAGCUCGAGUUCAAACUGAAGCCAUUCCUGGGCAGCAGCGACAGCGUCAAUCAGAUCUCUGGAAAGAUCAAGCUGGGAAAGGAAGUGUUGGCUACGCUGGAAGGACACUGGGACAGCGAGAUCUUCAUCAACGACAAGAAGACCGGGACAGUGGACACUUUCUGGGACCCGACACCGGAGCUGAGGCAGAGCCGACUGAUCCGCUGCACCGUCCCCCCAGAGGAGCAGGGAGAGUUUGAAUCAGAGAGACUGUGGCAGCACGUGACCCGCGCCAUUAACAACAAGGACCAGACCGAGGCCACCAACGAGAAGUUCAUGCUGGAGGAAGUUCAGAGGAAGUCGGCCCGCGAGCGGAAAGCCAAAUGCGAGGAGUGGAACCCAGCCCUGUUCGAGCAGGACUCCAUCACCGGAGAGUGGCAUUACAGAUAUGCCGACACGAGACCAUGGGAUCCGCUCAACGAUCUGAUCCAGUUCGAGAAAGACGGCUGCAUCCAGACCAAGGUCCGACACCGCACCCCUAUGGUACGUUCUGGCAGUCUUAUUAGUCUGAGUAACCAGGGGCCACGGAGGGACAAUUGCAAGUGCCAGGUAACGGUGCCAAAGAGGAAACACAAGAGCGAUAAACCCAAGAGCCCCGAAAGCGGAUGCUCUUCACCCGAACCCGACCGCCAAGACUCAUCUGGCAGCGAAAGACACAAAAGCAAACAUAACAGUCGGCUGAGGAAAAAAGGAGCAGACCUCAGUGAACUUCAAAGUGCCAUUGAAUCCAUAAAACAGACGCAGGAGGACAUUAACAGGAGCAUCAGCGUGUUGCGGAGUCGUGCGGCAGGCCGGGUGGAAGGCGGCUCCUUCCUCCAGCAGCGCGACUACGUCAUCAUCAUUUUCCUCAUCCUCCUUCAGGUCCUGAUCAACUAUGUCUUCAAGUAGCAGCCAUAACCCCACAGAGAGAGUGGUGCGCUCACACACACACCCACAGACACACUCUCUGAACAUUGGGUGUUACAGCGGAGGACAGUCUCGUCUUCCCUGUCUUUAUUAAAUCCAACUACACACGUCCAGAAAAGCAGAGACUACCACACAAAAAUAGACUAAAAAAAAAAAAACGUAUUUAUUUUUAACCAGUCCAUUGCAAAAUUUUGGAAAGAUCCACAGAUUUCAAAGCGGAGAAUGAGCCCAGAAGGAGAAGUUGUUGGAGUUUGAUGUGAUGAAGUCUCAACUGCCACUCUGGAGGUUAUUGAUUUGCCUUUGACGUAAAAGGCGAAGAAGACAGCGGCCAUCUUUAGCUGCUGUUUGUUUCCUUUGUGAUUGAGUGACUCCACUCUGUUGAUUCACAUUUCACCUCAAACAACAGGGAACCUUUUAACAUGGAUACGAGAACCACGACUCAGAUGGUAACACAGAUUUCAAAAAAAGAAACCUUUGAUGUUUUAAUGGUUUUUUAAAUUGUUUUGUUCCUUUGCUUGGUGUGUCCUUUAUGAAUAGAAGUCUGCUCGGGACAAAAGGCGUUGAUAAGGGAGAGAAAAACAAAGUGGUCCAAUCUGUGUGACUUUUAUUUUUUAUUUUAUUUUUUUAUCAGACACUUUCAUAUCAGCUGGGGUUCCCAAAAGUGGAAAUGGCCGAGGAAGACAAACACAGGAUAUUGUCAAAAGGAACAGAAGCUAUAAUUUCUGCUGUAUAAUAUAACUCCACCUUUUGCAUACAAAGUCAAUGUUAAAAAAAAAAAAAAAAAGUCAGAUGUUUUAACACAGUGUCAUUGUAUAGGUAGCAUGUACAGCUAAAGGAGUGUGGUUAGGAAAUUAGCCCUGUACAGUAUUCGGUCUUAAGGCACAAACGCACUGGAAACGUCCAGUGUUUUUAUCAAUAAUGUGUGCUUACAGUGGAUGUCACUAUCAACAUUUCUGCUCUGAGGAAGUUUGGAGGAUCGAAGGGCCAAAGAAGAUGAUUUUUGUGAUGUUUCAUGAGCUAGUGACCACUGCCGGUGAUUCAAGUAAAGGGACUUGAUGUAUCAUUUUAAUCAAAGUGUUCUUAGCGAGACGUUGGACAUGGAUUCAGCAAAGCUAAGUGAGGCAGUCUAAAAACUGCCCUCUUGGAGCUAAUGACCGGUUGGAGGAGUAGUUUCACAUUUGGGUAAUGCCUUUAUUCAUUUUCUUGCUGAUUUAUUAGAUGUGAAGGUCAAUACCACUGUAAUAUCUGUCCAUUUAAUAUGAAGCUAGACUUAGCAGUGGCUUAACUUAGCUUAGCAUAAAGACUAGAAAGAGGGGGAAAGUGCUAGCCUGGCUCUGUCAGGUAACAAAAUCCACCCAGUCUUUAUGCUAAGCUAAGCUAACCAACCACUGGCUGUUAUAUUUAACUUUAUGAUUACUAUACAGAGUGGUAUCAAUCUUUUCAUUUGACUCUCAGCAAGAAAGUGCAUUUUCCAAAAUAUCAAACUAUUCCUUUAAAUUUUUUUAUUUCAGACCUAAGUUAGCUGCUAUAUGGACCUAAAACGAAAGACGUUUAGACUAGCUGGUCUACAGGGUGGUCUUCAAAUUUCAAAACACACAUCAGACCUAGCCAUUAGUGGAGAAACUCGUCACACUCCUUCAUGGCAAAAUUAAAUUCAGAGCAUCAAUCAUAGCUUCCAGUGCUUUUGCGCCUCAGAUGUUAACCAGGACAUGUAGAAUAGACAAUUUAGCAAGCUACUAGUGAGAGGAGGAGAUAGACUUUUUCUAAAUAUUACUACCACCAUAGUAAAUCAUUCCAAAUGUACGCAAGUACCAGCCAAACUCAGUGUGUAGAGUAGUAGUCGCUCCUGUUCACUGUGUAAAUAUCCAACGGGAAGACUCGUUCCUCGCAAGUAGCGCGUGGUGUUUCAACACCAAGGUUUCGCAAUAUAGACACCCCCGCGCUCCGUGCACAAGCCAGUCUCUUGAACCCAGUGUGUCUUUCUGUCCACUACUCUUUAGAUACACAUGGAUGAGAAACAGAUUAGUGGGGUGCACACCCAGACUCCUAUCAGAAACGUAUCCACAUGACCUCAAGUUGUUGCAGUUAUUUAGCAGUAUUUAUUCAUUUCACAGCUUUAGUUCCAAUCUGUCGCCUUCGUAUUUAGAAAUAUGGAUUUUGAAGUCCAGAACUAAAUGGCAGAUAUAAUAAAGCCUGAAAAUUAUGAGGACCACAACUUGUGAGGACCAUGACUUGUGAGGACGCUCAUGAGGACCAUGCCUUAUUAGGUCCAUGACUUAUGAGGACCAUGGCUCAUGACGUCCAUGACUUAUGAGGACUGUGACUAAUGAUGACCGUGGCUCAUGAUGAUUAUGACUUAUGAGGACCCUGGCUCAUGAUAACUAUGACUUAUGAGGACCCUGGCUCAUGAUGACUAUGACUUGUGAGGACCCUGGCUCAUGAAAACUAUGACUCAUGAGGACCCUGGCUCAUA